AUGCCUGCGGACUCUAGAAGGAAAGGGAGGCGUCGUACACGUACUCCCUCGCCUUCUAAUACUCUGAACGAGAUUUUGAAGAGACUACAAGAUCUGGAGGAACGGGCACGCGGGAGCGAGCUUCUAUCUGCUUCGGUGGUAACCCCGGAGCCCUGCCGAGCUCUCACUAUGCCAAGCACGCCACUGCCAGCUGUGGAGCCUGCCACAACACCUGCCUGCGCACCCCCAGCUUCUGCACAAGACGUCGCUGCCACAUCGACGCCUGCGGGGAACGACGCAAAAAGCGUUGCAGAACGCUUCCUAGACGCUAUCAUCCAAUUCCCGGUCAUAAGUGUUCUACCUAACGACAGGUACGAACUGAGAUUGCUAGCUGGUUCAUAUGGUAAAACCAGUCAAGCAGCUGCUGGCUGUAUGGUGUUGUGGCGUGGCGAAUGGACGCCCGACACAUGUGCUGGCUUCUUUGAAAGUUGCGAUGAAGAUCAAGACCAAGAUGGUGCUGAUCCAUCAUCAAGGACUGAUGAGGACCGCGAGGACGCUGCCAUGUCAGGAGAGGCCGUGUUAGAUGGCAACACUAUU